AUUCCGUUGGCAAUACUUUACUCAAGCAGAAGAUAUAGUUACUUCUCUUUUCUUAUUGAUAAAAAACGUAAACAAAUAGUCAAGAUGAAGUUAUAAAUUUUUAUCUACUACUUAAAGAUAUCAUCAAACACAGUAUUCAAUAAAUGCACUUGAAAGACUGAUUAGGAUUCUACAAUAUCAUGUGGUAAGAGGUUGUGAAAGUGGUGGUAGUGAUUAAAGACGUCGCUGGUAUCGAGAGCGUGCUGUCAUUUGUUUUAUAUUCGUUAGUGAUUCCCACUAAUAAAACAACCAUGUCAGAAAGAUUCACUGUCACCAAGCCUACAGUUCAAAACUCAGCUUUUGGAUCGGAAAGGAAUUACGGCGCAACCCAAUAUGUCGAUGAAUCAUCUAGAUUACAAGAUGACGCUUGUUAUGAUCAUCAUGAUGGAGAGCCAAUUAUCAAUGAGGGACAGCUAUCAAGCUAUGAGAAAAAUCUUUACUUAUACCAUGAGGAGAUGCCAGAAAGACCGCGGGUGGCCACAUUGCUCAAUUCUUUAGCCAAUUAUAAUGUUGCCAUACCAAGUGUAUCGGAAAACAUAUCUGCAGCUCCCAAAAAAGCAAAUUUAGGAACAGUUGCUGGAGUUUACUUGCCAUGUAUACAGAAUAUUUUAGGUGUUAUUUUCUUCAUCCGAUUGAGCUGGAUCGUUGGUACUGCUGGUGUGCCUCUUGCAUUUCUUGUUGUCUUUUUAUCUUGUUGUGUUACUUUCACAACUUGUAUUUCAUUAAGUGCUAUUGCAACCAAUGGAAUUGUACCAGCUGGUGGUUCUUAUUUCAUGAUUUCUCGUUCUUUGGGUCCUGAGUUUGGUGGUGCUGUUGGAAUAUUGUUUUAUUUAGCUACAUCUAUUGCUGCAGCUAUGUAUAUUAUUGGAGCUGUAGAGAUUUUUCUGAAUUAUAUGGCUCCCAGUCUCUCCUUGUAUGGAGAUUUUCGUACUGAUCCUGAAGUCAUGUACAAUAAUUUUCGUACCUAUGGUACUAUUCUGUUGUUGAUUGUUGGUACAAUUGUUUUCAUCGGCGUAAAGUUUGUCAGCAAAUUUGCCCCAAUAGCACUUUUAUGUGUUAUCAUUUCACUGCUUUCUGUUUAUGUUGGAGUUUUUACAAACUUACACGGAAAAGAUGGAAUGAAAGUUUGUGUUCUUGGUGAUCGACUUCUAAGUAAAGGAAACUACACUUGCUCUAAAGAUCAAAAUAAUUCGGUAUCUUUGUUCUAUCUUUAUUGCUCUGAAAUUAAUAAAACGGAAGCUAAUGAAAGUUUAUAUACUUGUGACUCUUAUUUUGAAUCCCAUGAAGUUCAUUCAAAGUUAGCUAUCCCAGGAUUGGCUAGCAAUGUAUUUCCCUCUAAUGUUCCAAGCAGAUUUCGUCAACAGGGGGAUUAUAUCUCUGAAGCUGUAAAUCGUGAAGAUGCCAACUCUUAUGGCCAAAAAACAUACAAUCAAAUCUUAGUAGAUUUAACUACCUCAUUUACUGUUUUGAUUGCUAUCUUUUUUCCUUCUUGCACUGGUAUUUUAGCUGGUUCAAAUAGAUCAGGUGAUUUGUCUGAUGCUUCUAAAUCUAUUCCUACUGGUACUAUUGCUGCUCAACUGACGACAUCUAUUAUCUAUUUGUCAGGGGUUCUUUUAUUUGGAGCAACAUUUAAUAAUCUAUUUAUGAGAGAUAAAUUUGGUGAUAGUGUUGGAGGUGGGAUGGCUGUUGCUGAUUUAGCAUGGCCUCAUCCUUGGGUUGUCAUUCUUGGUUCAUUUUUGUCAACAGUUGGAGCUGGUCUACAAUCGUUAACUGGUGCCCCCCGUUUAUUGCAAGCUAUUGCAAAGGAUCAAAUUAUACCUUUCCUUAAUGGAUUUGCUUAUAGUUCUUCAAGAAAUGAGCCCACAAGAGCAUUAUUUUUGACACUCUUCAUUACUGAAAUUGGGAUUUUAAUUGGAAAUCUUGAUCACAUUGCUCCAAUUUUAACUAUGUUUUUUCUGAUGUGCUAUAUGUUUGUGAAUCUUGCUUGUGCCUUGCAAAGUCUACUACACACACCCAAUUGGCGGCCUCGUUUCAAAUAUUAUCAUUGGUCAUUAGCAAUGGCUGGAUCAAUCUUAUGUCUGGUUGUGAUGUUUUUGAGCAGUUGGUAUUAUGCAUUGUGUGCUAUUGCUAUAGCUGGUUGUGUGUACAAAUACAUUGAAUAUUGUGGAGCUGAAAAAGAAUGGGGUGAUGGCAUAAGGGGUUUGGCUUUAUCCGCUGCACGUUAUAGUCUGCUGAGAUUGGAAGAAGGACCUCCACAUACCAAAAAUUGGCGACCACAGGUUCUCGUUCUCUGCAAAUUGGAUGAAGAGUUAAAUCCUAAAUAUCCCAGAUUGUUUUCUUUCGCUUCCCAACUUAAAGCAGGUAAAGGUCUUACUAUUGUAUGCUCCCUUUUGGAAGGUAAUUAUGAAAAAAUGUAUAGUGAAGCUCAAGCUGCAAAACUGAGUUUGAAGAGAGUUAUGGAUGAAGAAAAAGUUAAAGGAUUUGCUGAUGUUUUAGUAGCUAAAGAUCUUACUGAAGGAAUUUGUCAUCUUAUUCAGACUGCUGGGCUUGGUGGACUAAAACACAAUACUAUUAUACUUGGUUGGCCAUAUGGUUGGAGACAAAGUGCAGAUGAAAAACAAUGGAGGGUAUUUUUGAAUAUCAUAAGAUCUGUCUCUGCUAGUAAAAAUGCUUUGUUGGUACCUAAAGGAAUAAAUUUGUUUCCCAGCAAUUCUGAAAAAGUUUCAGGAAAUAUAGAUGUCUGGUGGAUAGUCCAUGAUGGUGGUUUAUUGAUGUUAUUACCUUUUCUGCUGAAACAACACAAGAGUUGGAAGAACUGCAAAUUAAGGAUUUUUACUGUUGCACAACUCGAGGAUAAUAGCAUUCAGAUGAAAAAAGAUUUAGCAAGAUUUCUUUAUCAUUUGAGAAUCGAAGCUGAAGUCGAAGUCGUUGAAAUGAUGGAUAGUGAUAUAUCUGCUUAUACAUAUGAAAGAACACUUUUAAUGGAACAAAGAAAUGAAAUACUAAAGCAACUUAAGUUAUCAAUUGGGGGAACUUCAUUUAAAGAGGUGCAACAUAUUGUUGAUCACCACCAUUAUGAAGCUAGUAAUAAAAAGGGUUCAAGAGUAAGAUUCAAUGAAGUUACAGAAGAGAUUCAAGAUGUAGAAUUAAUUGAUGUAACAACAGAGGAUUCUGGUAGUCAUGACAGCCAGGCAGAUGGGGAUGCACAAAAUGAAAGCUUUGAUAAACUUUUAACAAUCAGACCAGAUGAAGCUAACGUUCGUAGGAUGCAUACUGCUGUAAAGUUGAAUGAAGUUAUUGUUGCAAGAUCUCAUAAUGCUCAGUUAGUCAUCUUAAAUUUGCCGGGACUUCCAAAAACCACUACAGUGAAGGCGAAUUAUAUGGAGUUUUUGGAAGUUCUAACAGAAGGUUUGGAAAGAGUUUUGAUGGUUAGAGGAGGUGGAAGAGAAGUUAUCACAAUCUAUUCAUAAUUGUUAACGUAUUUUAAUUUAUUUUGUUCCUGGUAUUCAUUGCAAUUUGCUUUUAUCCUGUGAUGCAUCUAUUUAUUUAUUAUUUUUUUCCCAUAACAACCCACCUCAUGCAUUUCCUUUGAUCUGAUUUUUUUUUUAAAUUUAAAUUUUUGCUAGACAUUUUAAUUCUUAGAUUCUUUUUCCUUCAAUAACAUUUUAUGAGAGACAAUUUGAUUUAAUGUGAUAUUUCCUUCAGAUUUUCAGCAUUUACCGUUAAUUUUUUUUAUGUAAAUAAAAAUUGAUGCCUAUAAUAUUCAACUGGAUUAGUGAAAGAUGUGUUUUUUUUUUAAAUUUGCACGUGUUAAUUGAAAACAUUAGAUUUGUUAGUUUUUUAUAAAUUUAAAAUCCUGUUAGAUUAUAAUGCAUAUUUUUCUCCUCUUUCCACAUUGUACUUCUUAAAUUUUUGCUAAAAGUUUAAAAAAAUAAUUAAUACCAUGUAAAACAUAAUUUUCCCUUAGUUGGAAAUAUAGUUAUUUUAUAUUGAUUUCACUAUAAACUAACGACUUUAAUUAUGUUUUUGUAAGUGUAGUUGUUUGUAUAACUAUGCUUUUAGCUUCAAUAAAUAAUAAUCAAACCCUCUUGAUUAACAAAAUUCUCUUUUUUUAAGACAAACCUACGAUUAUUAUCAGCUACAGUCUGAUUACUUUUAGAGUGUAAAUUUACUAAAUGAGAAAUACUAAUUUGCUUAAGCAAAAUUUUAUAAAUUAAUUUCAAAACCUCUUGAUUUUUACUUUAGGUAUGUCAAACCAAGCAUUUUUUUUUUUAUACAGCAUAAAAACUUGUUUUAUAAAAGUGUUUCUAAUAUGCAAAGUAUGUACUUAGAAUUUAUACCAGAUAAAUCUUGCUAGUAUUUUUAUUGCUCUUAACUUUACAUAAACCUCAUUAACAUAUUUUGUAAGCUUUACUUAUUGUUACCAUUUAGAAAAACUUAUAUACACAAUAUACAGUCCUUACACCUGUCUAAAAAAUAAUUAUUGUGUAUGUGUAAUAAUUUACAGUGCACGCUAAAUGUUUGCUAAAAAAUGUAAAUACAUUUGUAUUUACAAACAUUUUUGUAAAUACAUAUAGUUUCAGUUUAAUUAUUACAGAAUGCAAAAAAUUGAUAUUUUUAGAUAUAGAUAUAUAUUGAUGAGUUAGAUUUAUUUAUUCAAAAUUUUGAUUCUUGUAAUUGAAUAAAUUUGUGAUAAAUGUGUAUUAUUUUUUUCAAUAUACACAUGAAAAGCUUUCAUUUGAUUUCUUCUACUUAGAUUUUUUUUAUUGUGUUUUAUUUUUAGAGAUGGCAUUUUUAUGUAGUGUGCUAGUCCACCUAUAAGUUACUUUUUCUGUGAUAACUAAGGUGCAUUUCAAACAUGACAUUUUUAAAACGAAGAUGUGAUUUGUAGUGUUUCAUAUAUUUUUAUACUAAAUUUGUAUGCAGUUACUUACAACCGAUGUAUAACAUCAGAUUAUUACCACCAUGCAGGGUCUAGAACCAAAUAGUUAGUUUAAUCAUCAGGCAUACAAAUGUUUCCAGAAUUAUAAGAUCAAUUUUACAUUUUUU